AUGGUGAGCAGGAGGGAAGAGAAUGACAGGCCUCAGCCACUCAUGGCAGGUGUCUUCAGAAUUUUCAGCUCUGGCCCUACCUGCCUGGCCCUUCACAAGCAGGAGCAGGAACUCUCCUGCCCCUGCCAGCCUAACAGCUCAGACACCUUGGGCAGUGUCGAGCUCUGGGGCUUCCAUUUCCCCGUGUUCACUGUGGUGCUACGAUGGAUGAUAGCCCUGAUGGCAAUGAUCCAGGAGAACGGAGCACCACAUGUCACAGGCGUGGAGAAGUCUGGAGGGGCCAAGGGAACCAUGUCCCACCAGUUGGUCCACACUCCAGGUCCUGGCACCCAAGGCAUUCAGGCCCGACACAAGGCACUGCAUCCAGGAGCACACAGCAGGGCCACGGGAACAGCUGCCACUUUGCGUCUGGCCUUCCCCGAUUGGGCCUUCAAAGCCGAGUCGUCGCCAGGCUCCCGGCAGAUCCAGCUGUGGCACUUCAUCCUGGAACUGCUGCAGAAGGAAGAGUUCCGCCAUGUCAUCGCCUGGCAGCAGGGAGAGUAUGGGGAGUUCGUCAUCAAGGACCCAGAUGAAGUGGCUCGCCUCUGGGGCCGCAGGAAGUGCAAGCCACAGAUGAACUAUGACAAGCUGAGCCGGGCCCUCAGGUAUUACUACAAUAAGAGGAUCCUGUAUAAGACCAAAGGCAAGAGGUUUACCUACAAGUUCAACUUCAGUAAGCUCAUUAUAGCCAACUGUCCUCCAUGGAAAGUGUGGGCACCCUCUACCCCUCACCUGCUGUUGGGGUCCGCUGCCAUGUGUCAGCCAGCCUUGGUGCCUGUGGCUGUGCAGAGUGAGCCCCUGCAGAGCACGCUGUACACCCACUGGGCCACAGAAAUGCAGCUGGCUGGAGAAAGGACCUGCCAGGAGCCACUGGAAACCUCUGGAGAGAAGGGGAACAGUAGCUUCGAUGGUGAGUGUUUUGGCUCAGCCCUGGGCCCAGGCUGGCAAGGUCCUUGCUGCUGUCUCCUGAACCUCCAAGGUGACCUUCCCAGAUUUGCUUCCUUUACACAUGCACCCUGCCUCUGCUGUAACUGGACCCACCUCUCGGGGCCCAUCUUGCCUCCUUUCUCCUCCAAGCAGCCACUUUCAGGCUCCUCCAAACCCGGGCCUUGGCUCCCAGGCCUGCCAUGUACGCCAGGUGCCUGGCAUUUUCCAGGACUCCCCCUUCUGGGCAGGCUGAGACAGGACACUGGUGAGAGGCUUCAGUUUCUCAGGCCUGAGGAAUUGGUGGUAAAUCCUGACCCAGGGCCAAAGGGGCACCUGGGUUCCAGUGAGGGACUCUCCUCAGAGACUCGGGGACUCAAACUUGGAAAAGGAACUCCCAUGUCCCCCGAUCCAGAGAACCUCAGAGCCACGUGGCCUUUGGAUCCCCCUUAA